AUGUCUCUCAUUGAUCAAUUAUGUCAAAAUAUACUAGAAUUCAGAGGCACAAUGAUUGAGGCUCAGGAUUUGGUGAAAGCUUUUUUGGCAGAUAUUAUGAUCAAAAUAUUCGGAGUUGAAUUGAGACUACAACAGCAAGUCUUUAGAAAUUGCAAUAAGAAUUGGAAAGUUGUGGAAUAAAACCUAAUCAGCUAUUUCUAAAAUUCUCCCAUCCCAAUUUAAACUCUUUUUAACGAAAACAAAUAUAAAAAUGAAGGUUUCAUAAGUAGUGACGACGAGGAAACCAUCAAGCAUAGCAAAAGAGUAGUUGUCAAGAGAACCAAAUCAAUUAUAAGAGAAGCACCAUAAAAUGAUAAUUUCAAAGACGAGUAAAUUCGAAUCAGAGAUUAGGUUAUCUAAGAUAUAACUAUUGGGUAUUAUAAAGAUAUUUAGCAUCUUAAAGAAAUGUUCCUAAGAAAGGAACGUUAACAAGAUGAUGAUAUUAUUGAUGCCACAUACUAUGACAUUACUAAGUCAUUUCCAGCCGAAGUACAAGUCUACUUGCAAUCUAAAUUGAAAGAAAUGUCACAACAAGCCAGAUCAUAGCAAACAAAAUUGCAAACCUAAAUUAAUUAGCAACAGAUUGAAAUUGACAAACUCAAAAAAACUAUCUCUUAAUUAGUUUCAUAAGCUGACAUUGUUUAACAAAUUAAAGCUAUUCUAAUAAUAGACAGAGAUAUGAAUCGGUUCUGGAGGGGGAUAUAAGAUGUGAUUGGUAAUAAAUAAAUAUUUGAAAUUUUUGAAAAGAGGCAAGCUGGCUAUGGAAUCGAUUACAAACAAAUAGACGAAUUAAUAAACCAAUCUUAAGCAUCAUACCGAGUGUUUUCAGAUUAUAAAAAUAAGAUUGAUGAAUAAUACCUGUUAUUUACAGCUUAAGUAGAUAAGGAAUUGCAAUUACUACGAAAUCAAGUUAAGAUAUUAACAGAUAAAUAAAAUGGAUAAGAAUAAGAAAAAUAAAAAGAUUUUGUUUUAGUUAGACAAACUCUGAAGUCUGGUAUAGAAUAUGUUUAUGAGAUGAAAGAAGAAGCUCUAAAAGCCAAUUUUGUAUAAAAAUUAGAGCAAUAUGCUGAAUCCAUUUUGCAAAAAGAUACGCUAUCCUAAGUCAAAAGAUGUAUUAAGGGUCAUGCUCUUUAUAAAUGGAUGUAUUUAGCCAAAUGUGAAAAAAUGUAAAAACAUAAAGUUCUCAGGAAAUCUUAAUCUGGAUCUAUUAAUAUUUUUGAUGUUUCUUGUAAUCCAAGAGGAUUGCUAGAUAAAAGAACUGAUGAUAUCAAAAAGUAAUUAUAAUUAUUAGAGUAUAAUCUCUCUGAGGAAUAAUUACAAUCUCAACAAUUGAAUGUCGAAUUAAAUUAAAUGAAAGCCAAACAUUAAUCUAUUUUAAUGAAUUAUGAGAUGUAGCUUCAUAAGUAUCUCUAUCUGGAAUAACGCACACUUUAUUUAGAGAAUCAAAAUAAAUAUUUUGAAAGAAUAUUCUCCCUUUUAAUGAGAAGAAUUGGGUAUCCUUAAUUUGAAGUCAAUGAAAGAAAUAUCAAUAUUAUUUUAGAAAAAGCUGAUUCUCAAAUAAAAUAGUUUUAGAAUAAAAUUAAUCAAAUUCAAAAUAAAGACAUUGAGGAUAUCCAUGAAUUGACUUCCUAACUUAUUAAAAAAACAAUCAUCAGAAAUAAAUUUAAUCAAUAUAAUAAAUCUACAUCAUACUGUCAGACUGAUAUAUUUGAUGUUUCUAUGAAAAUUGAAGAUUGUAUAAAAAUGGUUGAAUAAAAUCAAUUUCAAUUACUCUAAAUGCAAGAACAAUUGAGAUUAUAGGCUGAAUAAGAAUACUAAAAAGAAUAGGAAUAGUUACAAUAGAAUAAUGAUGACAUACCAAAUGUGUUAUUAUCAGAUAAUGAAGAAGAACUGAAAGAGCAGAAACUUGUUAAUAAGAUUAGUUAGGAAAGAUCAACGGAAAUGGAUCCUACUUACAUGAAUUAAUCUGAUUUUGACACCAAAAUGUUAAAUCCUCCUAAAACUGCAGACAAUAAAUAAAGAGGUUAACAACUAUUUACAUUUAUUUCCAAAAAGAAAACCAUUAGUCUAUCAACUAAGAAUAAAGAAAUAUAGACUGAGAUUUAAGUUGAUUGCAGAGCCAAUUUAAUUAAUAAAAUAUUCAUUAAUGAUUUAGAUGAAUUUAAAAAGAAUGUUAAAGAAAAGCCCAUGUUCAAAGAAAUGAAAAAGGUACCACAAUAAUCAAGACCUGAAUUACAGAAUACAUUUGCUACUUUAAUAUCUUAACAUAAUGUCAAUAAGAAUAGAAAAUAAAAUAAUAUAUUUUUAAACUCGAUUAAUCAUAAACCAAUACAAAUAAAUUGCUAGCAGAAAUUGAAAACUGAACCAUCAGGUCUUGAAAUUGAUUAGAAUGUAACCUUUACUAAUGAUAGGAUCAAAGUUGUUUAUACACCCGGCAAAAAGAAAGUAAGAAGUGUUAGUAAAAAUGUUUGA